UCAUGCGCGCCAGACUGCGAGAGGAUACGAGGAGGAAGAGGGAGCGGUGGUUGGCGUCACGAUAAGUGGCGGAUUAAACCGACACGUUUCAGGACUUCAGAUUAAAACUUUUUCGUGAAGACUGAGCGGGCCUCGUUUUAUACGUUUUAAAUGCGUCUAAAUGAUAAUAAACUCGUUUUAAGUGACUUGGAACGUUGAAAAAUGGCAUGGCUCGCGGAAGUAAGUUGAAGAUAGUUUUGACGGCAAACAAACUAUAACCUGAAGUCUGCUGUCAAAUUGGAGUGAAUCCUCGUCUUCUGUAGAAGGGGUUCGAAUUUGGGAGAUGGACAGUCACAUAAAAGAGGGACAACUUUACGUUCAACACCAGAAGUUUGGCAAGAAAUGGAAGAAGAGUUGGUUCGUCCUCUAUCCAGCCAGUCAGAAUGGCAUCGCACGACUAGAAUUCUAUGACUAUUCUGGGGGCGGGGCCAGUGACAAGCCCAAUACCAAGAAACUGGACAAAAAGAUUAUCCGUCUAUCAGAGUGCAUCUCAAUACUCCCGUCCAUGACGGAAGCAUGUCCCAAAGACAACAUGUCUGCCUUCUGUGUGGAGACCAAUGACAAGACACAUGUGUUUGCUGCAGAGAAGAGCAUCAGUACGGAGUGGGUGGAAAAGAUGUGUGAGAUCGCCUUUGGGGGGGGUAGCGGAAGUCAUAGUAGUUUGCCUGAUUCCAAUGGGGGACAGACAGAUAUGCAGAUGGCUGAGAAUCUCAUCUAUUACAGCAGAGAAGAGGUGAAUGAGUUUUGGGUGACUGUGCAGCGGACUGAUGCCUCAGAGCGCUGUGGUCUGUCUGGGACCUACUGGCUGAAAGCCGACAAGGAAAGUCUCAUACUGAAAACGUCAAAGAACAAGGCGAACAUACUGGUGUGGCCAUACAAACUACUGAGGAGAUACGGACGAGAUAAAGUAAUGUUUUCAUUUGAAGCUGGCCGGCGCUGUGACUCUGGUCCGGGGAACUUCACAUUUGAGACAAAGCAAGGCAAUGAAAUCUUUGUGAUUGUUGAGCAGGCUAUCCAAUCGCAGAAAGUCCUUGCUGAGGAGCGCCACCUCAGCAACCAAAUGACCAGCCUUGAAUUUGAACCCAGUCCUCCACUCACCCAAGUACGCACCAGUGGUGGCUUGGUAGCUGACAGCAGUAGUAGUAAUCGGGAUCCAGAUGGCGAUUCCAGUUCCGGAGGGAGUAAGCCUGGAUCGGCUGAUGGUGUGUUCUGGAGGAAAGAGGGAGAUGGAGGAAAGAGCCAGGUUCAGAACCUUAAAGGGAGGAGUUUGCCAGAGCCACCACCAUUGGUGAUAGGAGUGGGGGGAACACCCCCGCGCUCGCCAAUGUCUAGAGGUAAAGGAGUAGGAGCGCUCAUGUCUCAAGAAGAACUAGGGAGCGUGUACUCUGAACCAGCAGACUGCAUUCGCGCCCCAUCUCUUUCUCCUGGUGACAACCUCUACUCCGACCCUGUGGACACCCUAAAAUCCCCUUCCCCAAAUGCCCCGAUUCCUGUCCCUCGAAUCCGCCCUGUCAGUGAUGAGGGAGGCGUUACUGGAGUUGGUGGUCGUAUCCAAAGCAAUAGCCAGCCCGAGCCUCUCUAUUCAGACCUUUAUGAUCGCGUCACUUUGGAUUUGAUAACGAGGGUGGGUGCUGUGGGGCUGGAGGGAGGUGGAGGGAAAAUACACUUGCAAGGGGGGCAGGCAGAAGCAACAGCAACAUCAUCGACAACACGCAUUAAUAUGGAACACAUCUAUGAUGAGCCAGAGGGCAGAGAAAGAGUUUUUUUGGGAACAGGAUUUGGAGUGGCACCACUCUAUGACAAGGCUCAAACAGACCCCCAGAGGAGAACCAAAGGAAGCGAUGCAAAAGACCCUCCUCUACAGCCCAACGAGGGGCUUAACAAGUUGGCUACUGACAGCUACUUGGUCCCACCCUAUGGAAAACAACCCCAACUGCAACUUCCGUUCCAUAGAGGACCAGGUGGUGUCAGGUGGCCCCCAAAGCCAGCCCCUAAGCCCAAUGUGGCUGCUCUUCCUCGGAAGGAACCUGUGCCUCUGCCUCUGGGAAAGACCGGGCAUGGAAGUUCAAACAACUUUAACAAUAAUAACAGCAGUGGAGGGGAAUACAAGGCUGGGGCAGGAGAGGAAGGCAGCAGGAGAGGGAGGAACUCUGAGCUCUACAGUAAAGUGUCUCGAUACAAGACCCCAUCCAAUGCCUGGUACACCCACAGCGGCUUGCCAUCCCCUGAUAUUAUCUAUGACAACCUGGGAGACAUUUAAGAUUAGACCCUAGAUGCUGAUCCAGAGGUAGUUUAGCAUUUUUCUCACUAAUGCUCUGGAUUGGAUGGGUAGGGCUGGUCCUAGAUCUGUAGAUAGGGCUAAAAAUGAACCCUGGAAUAUGACUAAAAAACAUGGUUCCCUCCAAACAAAUAGACUUGUCCCACAGAAAAUUCAAUUGCAAAUAUGGACAUUGGAAAGUUAGCCAACGAAACCUUGAGGUUGAUCAUACAGUGACUGUUUUCCACUUGGCACCCUUUUCCCUCAUCCACUACUUCUGAAAGGAGCCCUGUGGAUCCUAGAGAUGAUGCACUCUCAGAAGUUGGAUAACUGCUGGAAAUACUUGUGUGGCUUGCAGUAAGUGGAGUGAACUCCAUUUUCAGUGGGAGAAUUGAUUAGCUGUGUUGACUAUGCACUUAAAGGAAUGCCUAUAACAUGUUUUUGCACUGCUUUGCGAACUGUUCUAUGAUGUAAUGCUCAUUGCUCUUAAUAUCUAGCUUUCAAAGAAACAUUUAAGAGCAAAUACUGUUUUGACGGCCCUGUCUAAACUAUGAGACUCAACUGUUGGAGAUGGGGAUUUGUUAAAGUAGCACAAUAGAGAUUUACAUGCUCACAGAAUUGUUUGUACAUGUCCCAAAUGGGCACCCUAUUUCCAAGAUAGUUGUGCCUCGUGCAAAAGUAGUGGCCUACAUAGUAAUUAGGAUGCCAUUUGGGAUAUACAGUUUUUUAUUGUAAGAGACCUCCAGUUAACUUUACAAACUAAUAUUUUGCAUUUUGUGUGUGUUUUUGUACGUCAAAACAGCUGCGCUGUGUUGUAAAUAUGGUAAUGAUAUUAAUAAACAUUUGAGAAAAAUCACUAUAGUUAAUGUUUUCCAUUCAGGGCUCCUUUCAAUCCAUCUCGUCAAACGUUUGAGCUAAUGGGCAAUAUACAUUUAAAACAUUCAGCACUUACCAUAAAUGCAGUCACCAAAUGGGGAAACAAAAAAAAUAUAUAUAUUGCAACCUAGAGAAUUCGGUGAUGCAGACCAACAAGUGCUCUUCAUCUUUUCCAUAAAGUCCAAAAUACUGUUAAACAGUUACAAAUUGCAUUACACAUUACUGGUCUGAAGAAGAAAAUAAAACAUGUAGACUAUCCCUGUAGAAUGGCUCAGGUAGUCUCAAGGGGACAAUAUUUCACUGUCUUUCAAAGGGACAAGAGUGGUUUCCAAGCAAACAACAGUAUUUUUUUGUCUGUUCCUCCUUCUGAAACACUGUGUUUGCAGGUGCCCAUUGAAAGACAGGAGAGCAAUAGCAUGGACAGAUCUGGGAUUUGGAAAGAUGGAAGGUGGAGGGGUAUCUAAAAAACACCCAAAGGUAAUACAGGGAAAGUGAAGAAAUAGAGAGAAAAAAGCUAUGAAAGAGAAAUCGAGGGACGGUUUUUUGGUAAAAAAAAGGUGGAAAGAAUGAAAGAAGGGAGAAGAAAGGGGUGGGGGAAAACAGAGAGACAGAGACAGGAAAAGGCCUAGAACAGUGUGUGCCUGCUACCACAGCCAACCAGACAUUUUGUUAAUUUAGCCAGUAUUCAUCCACAUACCAAAUGACUUAUUUUUUUCUCUUUCUUUUUUAUACCCUUUUCUGAGAAGUCUUGGUUGAGAUUCAUGGCAUGUCAGCGCUAAGGCUGGCGUCCCUGGACCGUUGCUAAUGGCAACCAAACAACAGAACUCCACAAUGAAAAGAAAGGAAGGAAUCCUUCAAGUCAAUUUCAUGGCCCAUGGUACCAGUUAGUCGUUAGGAACUGACAAAAACAACAACAAAAAACAGGUCUUCUAGAAAUAUUAUGCCAUCAAUGUUAUUAACUGUUAGAUCACGUUAACAGUUAACACUCAUGCUGCUGAUUCACACACAACUAUUAUUUAAAGAACACUAUGUAUCAGCAUAGCUUAAGCACUUUUAUGUAUUUUGUGUGCAUGUGUGUGUGUAAUAUCUGCUGCCUAUCAUUGGUUUAAUACCAUUAUUCAGACCCUAUCACCUUUUCUACAUUUUGUCAUGCAUUUUGUAAUUAUUUGUCUUAUCUCUUAUUCCAAAAUAAAAUACAUUUUUUCCUCAUCUA